UUUCAGCUCUUCUUUGUUUUCUCCCAAAAUCGUACGGCUUCAGAUCCAUCGCCGCCGAAGAUGUCAUCCUCCGGCACCUGCUCCACCGUCGAUCCCGCCGGCGCGUCCAAAGAGUUCAUGCUCUUCGGCGUCCGCGUCGUGGUUGACUCCAUGAGGAAGAGCGUCAGUCUCAACAAUCUCUCCCAGUACGAGCAGCCUACCGAGGCCUCCAACAACAACAGCAGCUCCGGCGCCGGCAAGGACGACGCCGUCGCCGGUUACGCCUCCGAGAACGACGUCGUUCACAAUUCUGGCGGGAACCGCGAACGCAAGCGAGGAGUGCCGUGGACGGAGGAGGAGCACAAGCUGUUCCUGCUUGGAUUGCAGAAAGUAGGCAAAGGAGAUUGGAGAGGGAUCUCAAGGAACUAUGUCAAGACUCGCACGCCGACUCAGGUUGCUAGCCAUGCUCAGAAAUACUUUCUCCGCCGGAGCAACCACAAUCGCCGUCGCCGCAGAUCUAGCCUCUUUGAUAUCACCACCGAUUCGGUCCCCGUAAUUGCAAUGGAAGAAGAGCAAGUACAAUAUCAAGAUAACACAUCUCACUCACAACAGUUGCCACCACCUCCACCAACCGAAUCUUGCAAUCCUAAUGGAUUUUCGAUGAUGCCAAUUUUUGCAAUGAACGUAGGUCCAGCUGUUGUACAAGUUCCCACUAUGAAUCCAACAGGAAAUCCAACGCUUGGACAAGGAAAUCCAGGGGGUCCUUCCUCUAAGCUUGUCCUUCCAGUUGUGCAUUCGGCCCCUCAUCCUACAGAAUCAUGCGAUCUAAACCUGAAUGCAACAGCUGACACAUCGCCACUGGCUCUCAACCUCUCUUUGUCAAUGAACUCAAUGGAAUCAUCAUCAAGGCGUUUGCCUUUCCAAGCAAUGUCAAGCUUCAGCAAAGGGGACAACAACAUCAUCAGUGUUGCUUGAGAGUGUUGUAUUUUGUGGAAUUGGUUUAUAAUUUAGAGCAUAUGGGUUCGAGAUAAAAUCUACCCCAAGAUUGACAAGGUAAAUUAGGUGACUGAAUUUGUUCCUCUAGUUUGUUGUACAGACCCUCAAGAUAAUGUUAUGUUAUGUCCUCAUGUUCUUGUUGUUUUGUCCUAAUACCUCUUGGAUUCAUCUCCUUGUUUGGACUGGCUGUGUUUGUUAGUAGCUGGCUAGCUGCUGAUAUAACUAACUGAAAAUAACAGGUGCUCUGUUCAUUGUUGGUGCCUUAGUGGGCCUGAACUGAAAUAACUAGUGGUUUUUAUAGCUUGAUGAGGAAACAAAUAUCA